GCAGGCGGGGCAGCGUGGUGACGUCUCCACGCGGGGCGCGGGGUCGUAGCGCGCGCUCGCAGACGCGGCAGUAUUAAAUUGCUGCAGGCGCGGCGGGCUGGUUGUUGGUUUCCUCCGUGUCAAGCAUUCGUGAGUCAGUUUUCCAGCUCGCUCUCAUCUUCUGAAGCCUAAGCCGGCUACACCUUCCUCCUUCCUUCCGCCAGCAGCCGUGUCGUUGCGACUCCGCCACCAUGUUCGAGGCGCGCCUGGUCCAGGGCUCCAUCUUGAAGAAGGUGCUUGAGGCGCUUAAGGACCUCAUCAACGAGGCCUGCUGGGACAUCAGCUCGAGCGGCGUGAACCUGCAGAGCAUGGACUCGUCCCAUGUCUCCUUGGUGCAGCUCACCCUGCGCUCCGAGGGCUUCGACACGUACCGCUGCGACCGCAACUUGGCCAUGGGCGUGAACCUCACCAGCAUGUCCAAAAUACUGAAAUGUGCUGGCAAUGAAGACAUCAUUACACUAAGGGCUGAAGAUAACGCGGACACCUUGGCACUAGUAUUUGAAGCUCCAAAUCAAGAAAAGGUUUCAGACUAUGAAAUGAAGUUAAUGGAUUUAGAUGUUGAACAACUUGGAAUUCCAGAACAAGAGUACAGCUGUGUAGUAAAGAUGCCUUCUGGUGAAUUUGCACGUAUAUGCCGAGAUCUCAGUCAUAUUGGAGAUGCUGUUGUAAUUUCCUGUGCAAAAGAUGGAGUGAAAUUUUCUGCAAGUGGAGAACUUGGAAAUGGAAAUAUUAAGUUGUCACAAACGAGUAAUGUUGAUAAAGAAGAGGAGGCCGUUACCAUAGAGAUGAAUGAACCAGUUCAGCUAACUUUUGCACUGAGGUACCUGAACUUCUUUACAAAAGCCACUCCACUCUCUCCUACAGUAACACUCAGUAUGUCUGCAGAUGUACCCCUUGUCGUAGAGUAUAAAAUUGCUGAUAUGGGACAUUUAAAGUACUAUUUGGCUCCCAAGAUCGAGGAUGAAGAAGGAUCUUAGACAUUCUUAAAAUUCAAGGAAAUAAAACUAAGCUCUUUGAGAACUGCUUCUGAGAUGCCAGCACAUACUUAAGCCUCUUUUGUCUUUGUACCUCUGAGUACAUAUGUAGAUAUUGUUUUCUGUAAAUAACUUUUUUUUUUCUCUAUUCUCUACAGUUUGUUCAAAGAGUAAAGUCCAAAGUCAAAUCUGGUCUUGUUAACCUAGUAAUAACUUUGCCUUACCUAGGAAUACUCGUUAUAAUUUUUAUAAACAAAAGGGUUUUGACUCUAAAUGCAGUUUUAAGUAUUGUUUUCAAUUUAAAUAAAAGUCAUUUGAAUUUCAAGCAUCA